UUUGAGCGAAAUGCAAACAACGACGGAGUCACGAGAAGCAUGUGCACGGCUGUUUGCCCUCUACAGUCCUACCUGUACAAUCAAUAGAUUCAUGGGUGUAUCCCCGUCACGUUUACUUGCAUGUGGCAUCCGAGUUGGACGACCUCAGUAUGUCAUGGAAAAGAAAAAGUAAAUGAACUAUUUUGUGUUGUUUAUUUGAUAAAACAAAAUGCUGCUACUACCAGCCAUACACCAUGGACUAUGGAGAGCUACAGUCAACACACUUAAUACAAGCAGAUGGACUCCUCUCUUCAGACACCUGUGUGAUAGAGUCCCUACUUCACUGGUAGAUGCUGAAACAAUCUUUGCAUUAUCAUCUGGCCAUGGAAAGUGUGGAGUCGCUGUGGUCCGCAUCAGUGGACCCGCAUCCACCACAGCUCUUAGAUGUAUGGCCGGCCAUACACGCAGGCUGCCUGCUCCACGCACUGCCUUAUUAAGGAGCAUCAAGCAUCCUCACUCUGAAGAGGUGCUGGACCGUGGCCUUGUCCUUUGGUUCCCAGCCCCCCACAGUUUUACUGGAGAGGACAGUGUUGAGUUUCACAUCCAUGGAGGUCCUGCUGUUACUGCUGCUGUCCUACAGGCACUCGGAAGCGUGCCUGGCAUGAGGCCUGCUGAGGCUGGGGAGUUCACGCGAAGAGCCUUUCAAGCAGGGAAACUUGACCUGACGGAGGUGGAGGGACUCGGGGAUCUGAUCCACGCUGAGACAGAGGCCCAGAGGAGACAGGCACUUAGGCAAAUGUCAGGAGAACUCGGUCGUCUCUAUCAGGACUGGAGUCACAAACUGAAAAGAUGUCUUGCCCAUGUGGAAGCCUUCAUAGACUUCAGUGAGGAUGAGCUCAUUGAAGAUGGAGUCUUAAACAAAGUUGACGCAAUGGUCCGUGAUCUGCAAGGCGAGAUGGAGCGACACCUACAGGACGAGAGGAGGGGCGAACGACUACGUAGCGGUGUGCAGGUGGUCAUCGCAGGAGCCACCAAUGCUGGGAAAAGCAGCCUCCUCAACAUGCUGUGCCGGAGACCUGCAGCUAUUGUGUCCCCCAUUGCUGGAACCACCAGGGAUGUAGUAGAGACGUCUCUGGACAUCGGCGGCUUUCCUGUACUCUUGAGUGACACAGCUGGCCUCAGAGACUGUGUGGACCUGGUUGAGCGAGAGGGGGUCCGUCGAGCUCGUGAAAGAGUUGAGCAAGCAGACCUGACUUUGGUGGUCGUCGAUUGCAGUUGCCUCCCCAUGGAUGUCCAGCAAGCUGCAGCCUUUCUUCAGGACCACUUGGGAAGUGUCCUGUCCACUCAGGAGCACAUUCACAUCGCAUUACAGUCUGACAGGUGCCUUCUUGUCCUGAAUAAGGUGGACCUGCUGCCUGAGGAGCAGGGACAAAUGCUGAAAAAGGAGCUGGGCUGCGUCUCUGGGCUUCCUGUGUGUGUGAUGUCCUGUCACACUAAUGAAGGACUUCAAGCCUUCCUCACAACGCUGCACAACCGAGUCAAGACACUGUGUGGAAAUCCCCUGUCUGAUGCCCCCACCCUGACCCAGGCACGCCACAGGGCCCACCUGCAACACUGUGUCGCCUCCCUGGAUCAGUACCAGCGAUACCGUGACCUCGACCUCGCUCUGGCAGCAGAGGGCGUCCGAUUGGCGCUCACCAGCCUGGGCCGGAUCACUGGAAAGAUCGGACCGGAGGAGAUCCUGGAUAUCAUCUUCAAAGACUUCUGCAUUGGCAAAUAGUCAAGAGGACUGUAGCUCCAUGUGAGUAAGUCAUUCAGCAAUAAUAAUAAUAAUCAUACUUAAGAUAUUCAAGUGAGCUGCAUUCUUGUUACUGCUAGAGGGAAGUAAAGGCAUAGAAGCUUGGUACCAUGCCAGGCUUUGUGGUCUAUAAAGAACACAAUCCAUGUUUCAAAAAAACAAUGUCACAGCCUGUGAUAGGUGGAUAUUAGGCCCUUGGGUACUUUCAAACUAAAUUUACAGCAGUGCAAGGUCACACACUCGGAAUUCUAUUUUGUUCAAUCGGAACAUGCUUUUCUGUUCUCAUCUCGUAUGAAAUACAGCAUUCUAUUCAAGUCAAAC